UUCCCGGUAGAUCCGCCCCGCACCCCCCCCCCCCCCCCCCCAGGUUACUUUGACGUCUCAGUCUGUUCCGCCUCCCGCACACACUGCUGCUGAUCCUCACGGGGACGAGUAUUUAGUUGGAUCAUGUCUCAGGGAGGAAACCGCAGACCGGAGUUUGAGGGGCUGGUGGAGGCGUCGAUCAUCCGCAUCCCCCCCCAUCAUUACAUCCACGUGCUGGACCAGAACACCAACAUCGCCCGCGUGGAGAUCGGACCGCUCACUUACAUCCGGCAGGACAACGAGAGAGUGCUGUUUGUGCCGGUUCGGAUGAUCAUGGUGCCGCCGCGUCACUACUGCGUGGUCAUCAACCCCGUGGCCCGCGAUGUUGACAAUCAGGUCCUCUUCGACCAAUCAGGGCAGGCCAAACUUCGCCACGCCGACCUGGAGAUCCGCCUGACGCAGGAGCCGUUCCCCCUGUACCCCGGAGAGGAGGUCCAACAGGACGUGACUCCGCUGCAGAUCGUGUAUCCCGACACGGCACUGCGUCUUCAGGCUCUGCUGGACUUUGAGGAGGAGGGAGGAGAGAAGAGAGUGGCCGGAGACGAGUGGCUGUUUGAAGGACCAGGGACCUACAUCCCCAGGAAGGAGGUCGCCGUGUUGGAGACCAUCAAGGCCACGGUGAUCCGAGAGAACCAGGCCAUCAGACUGAGGGCUCGCAAGGUGGGAGUGGACCGAGGGGGUGUCCGCAGGGUCACAGGUGAGGAGUGGCUGGUCAGUAAGGUGGGGGCGUACCUUCCAGGUGCACACGAAGAAGUCCUCGACAUCGUGAACGCCUUCAUCCUGACGGACAAGAAAGCGCUUCAUGUUCGCGCCCUGCGGCCCUUUAAAGACGCCGGCGGGCGGGACCGCCGCACGGGGGAGGAGUGGCUGGUCACUAUGGCCGACAGGGAGGCUCACAUCCCCUCUGUGGCGGAGGAGGUGGUGGGGGUGGUGGAUGUGACCACUCUGAGCAGCAGGCAGUACUGUGUGAUCCUGGACCCGGUCGGACAUGACGGGAAGCCUCAGCUGGGGCAGAAGAGGGUGGUGAAGGGUGAGCGCUCCUUUUUCCUGCAGCCGGGUGAGCACCUUGAACAGGGCAUCCAGGACGUGUACGUGCUGUCGGAGGAGGAGGGUCUGGUGCUGAGAGCGGUGGAGGCGUUCAAAGACACCGAGGAGCGCCAAGAGGAAGAGGAUGAGGAAGAGGAGGAAGAGCUGAUACAGGAGAGGGCAAAGCGCGCGCGGAGGAGCGGUGUCUUCCGUCGCCCUGGAGACCGCUGGAUGCUGCGCGGUCCCAUCGAGUACGUCCCCCCCGCCAAUGUGGAGGUGGCGCUGAGACGACAGGCCAUCCCAUUGGACGAGAACGAGGGCAUCUACGUCAGGGACAUAAAAACUGGAAAGGUGCGUGCAGUGAUCGGUCAUACCUACAUGCUGACUCAGGAUGAGGAGUUGUGGCAGAAGGAGCUUCCUGCCAACGUCGAGGCUCUGCUGGCGUCUCCUCUGGACCCGCUGGCCGACCGCUCGGACAGGACCAGAACCGGACAGGGCCCGCCGAGGGACAGGACCAGGGUGGUCUCGUACAGGGUCCCCCACAACGCUGCUAUCCAGGUCUACGACUACAGAGAGAAGAAGGCCAGGGUGUUGUUCGGACCGGAGAUGGUGAUGUUGGGACCUGACGAGCAGUUCACCGUGCUGUCGCUGUCCGGAGACAAACCAAAGAGGGCCAACGUCAUCAAGGCCAUCUGCCUCCUGCUGGGGCCCGACUUCUUCACCGACAUCAUCAUCAUCGAGACGGCCGACCACGCCCGCCUGCAGCUGCAGCUGUCCUACAACUGGCACUUUGACGUGACGUCUCCGGUGAGCUCUGCAGAUGCAUCAGCUCUGUUUUCGGUCCCUGACUUCGUUGGAGACGCCUGUAAAGCCGUCGCCUCUCGAGUGCGAGGAGCCGUCGCCUCCGUGCAGUUUGACGAUUUCCACAAGAACUCCAACCGGAUCAUCUGCUCGUCUGUGUUCGGGUUCGAUGAGAAGCUGACGGUGCGUUCCAGCCUUCGCUUCACUCAGAACAAGCUGGUGAUCAGUAGCGUGGACAUCCAGUCUGUGGAGCCCGUGGACCAGAGGACCAGAGACGCCCUGCAGAAGAGCGUGCAGCUGGCCAUCGAGAUCACCACCAACUCCCAGGAGGCCGCUGCACGGCACGAGGCAGAGCGCCUGGAGCAGGAGGCCCGGGGGAAGCUGGAGAGACAGAGGAUCACCGAUCAGGCCGAGGCUGAGAGAGCCAGGCGGGAGCUGCUGGAGCUGGAGGCCCUCAGUGCGGCGGUGGAAAGCACCGGAGCAGCGAAGGCUGAAGCUCAGUCUCGAGCGGAGGCAGCUCGUAUUCAGGGAGAGGCGGCGGUCAAUGAGGCCAAACUGAAGGCUGAAGCUCAGAGGAUCGAGGCGGAGGCGGAGCUCCAGCGGCUGUCGAAGGCUCGUGAGCAGGAGCUGAGCUAUAAGAAGCAGAUGGACGGUCUGGAUGUGGAGAAGCAGAAGAGUCUGUCUCACAUCGAGAGCGAGCGCUUCAGUCAGCUGGUGGAGAGUCUGGGCAGCGACACGCUGAAGGAGAUGGCCAGAGCCGGGCCCGAACUGCAGGUGAAAAUGCUGCAGGCUCUGGGGCUGAAGUCCACCCUCAUCACAGACGGGUCGUCACCCAUCAACCUCUUCACCACUGCCAACGGCCUGCUGGGGGCGCUGCCGGGACAGGGACAGUGAGGAGGAAGAAGAAGGGAGCGGGAACACCGUGUCCAAAAGUAAACCUCCACAGAUACUCAUCUUUCUGACUGACACUUUAGUGUUUCUGAUGGCCGACUUUAAAGCAAUAAAAUGUGCCUUUAGAUUUAAAGAUGCACUUCAUGGGUUUGUUAAAGCUCCAUAAAUCUCCCAGAUCCCGUAGAUGUUUCAAACCUCCACCUUAAGUGUAACAAAACCAGGCAGUGCAUCUUUAAAAUCAACUAUUUUCAUCCCCAGAUCACUAAAUUCUAAAUCACAUGACGUCCUCUGAUAAUAUUAGUUUAUAUUGUUUAUAUUUUCUAACCAGGACUGUCCCGAUGUUAACUGCACGAUUAUAGUGGCCAAAAGAAUUCCCGAUAACGAUAUCAUCCAGAUAUCUAUAGAAAAUAAGAAAUGAAAUAAUGUUCUCAGUCAAAUUCAUCUUUAACUUUGUUUUUGUUUGUCAAUUGUUUUUCCAUGUACUCUGUACGUUACUACCUGAUCCCGUCUGUUCUACUUUAAUACGCUCGUUUCUGCCUCACCUGACUGAUGUGUGAUUACAGGUGAAAGUCCUUUAAAAUGUCCAACCAGACGAGGUCAGUGAAGAUGUUUAUCAGCCUCUUUCAGGAGAACCUUUGCACCUGGAGCUCUUGGAAAAGAGAAUCCGAGGUUUACUUUUGGACAGAAAAGCAGCAUGAAGACAUGUCCUGUGUGUCAGUGAAACGUUUAAACAAAGCUGUGCUGCAAGUGAAGAAGAACUGGACCCUUUGUUUAGUCGUAUAAUGUGACGCCAAAGAGUCCUGUUUUCUGUUGCACCUGUAGAAAGAGAAGUGAGCAGUUACUGCUGAUGUUGGUCCAUCUGUGAGUGCUGCUGGAACAACAGUUGCUCUUGUUUCUACGUGUGUGUGUGUGUGUGAAGCCAUUAAAAUGCUGCUGCUGCUCACUG